AGACGGGGCCGGGCAGAGCCUCGCGCAGCCAUGGAGUCUCUCCUGCUGCCGGUGCUACUGCUGUUGGCCAUACUUUGGACGCAAGCGGCCGCCCUCAUUAACCUCAAGUAUUCGGUAGAAGAGGAGCAGCGCGCCGGGACAGUGAUAGCUAACGUGGCCAAGGACGCGCGGGAGGCGGGCUUCGCUCUGGAUCCCCGGCAGGCCUCUGCUUUCAGAGUGGUGUCCAACUCGGCUCCACACCUGGUGGACAUCAAUCCCAGCUCCGGGCUUCUGGUCACUAAGCAGAAGAUCGACAGGGACCUGCUGUGCCGCCAGAGUCCAAAGUGCAUCAUCUCGCUAGAGGUCAUGUCCAGUUCAAUGGAGAUCUGUGUGAUUAAGGUAGAGAUCAAGGACCUGAACGACAAUGCACCUACUUUCCCGGCAGCACAGAUUGAGCUGGAGAUCUCGGAGGCGGCCAGCCCUGGCACGCGUAUCCCGCUGGACAGCGCCUACGAUCCAGACUCAGGAAGCUUUGGAGUGCAGACAUAUGAGCUCACGCCCAACGAGCUGUUUGGUCUUGAGAUCAAGACGCGGGGUGACGGUUCUCGAUUUGCUGAACUAGUGGUGGAGAAGAGCCUGGACCGAGAGAUACAGUCGCACUACAACUUUCGUAUCACUGCUCUCGACGGCGGGGACCCUCCGCAUCUGGGCACUGUUGGCCUCAGUAUCAAGGUUACCGACUCCAAUGACAACAACCCUGUAUUUGGUGAGUCUACCUAUUCGGUGAGCGUGCCUGAGAAUUCACCUCCCAACACACCUGUUAUCCGCCUCAAUGCCAGUGACCCAGACGAAGGCACCAAUGGCCAGGUUGUCUACUCUUUCUAUGGCUAUGUCAACGACCGAACACGUGAGCUCUUCCAGAUCGAUCCACACAGCGGCCUGGUUACUGUGACCGGUGCCUUAGACUACGAAGAGGGCAACGUGUAUGAACUGGACGUGCAGGCCAAAGACCUGGGGCCCAACUCUAUACCGGCACACUGCAAGGUUACAGUCAGCGUGCUGGACACCAAUGACAACCCACCAGUUAUCAACCUGCUGUCUGUCAAUAGUGAGCUUGUGGAGGUGAGUGAGAGCGCCCCCCCGGGUUAUGUGAUUGCCUUGGUUCGCGUGUCUGAUCGAGACUCGGGCCUCAAUGGACGUGUGCAGUGCCGUUUGCUGGGCAACGUACCCUUUCGGCUGCAGGAGUAUGAAAGCUUUUCCACUAUCCUAGUGGACGGAAGGCUGGAUCGAGAGCAGCAUGAUCAAUACAACCUUACCAUUCAGGCACGCGAUAGCGGAGUGCCCAUGCUGCAAAGUGCUAAGUCCUUUACUGUGCGCAUCACUGAUGAGAAUGACAACCACCCGCACUUCUCUAAGCCCUAUUACCAGGUCAUUGUGCAGGAAAACAAUACUCCUGGCGCCUACCUGCUCUCCGUGUCAGCCCGUGACCCAGACCUUGGUCUUAAUGGCAGUGUCUCAUACCAGAUAGUGCCAUCUCAAGUUCGGGACAUGCCUGUUUUCACCUAUGUCUCAAUCAAUCCCAACUCCGGCGAUAUCUAUGCGCUUCGAUCUUUCAACCACGAGCAGACCAAGGCAUUCGAAUUCAAAGUGCUGGCUAAGGAUGGUGGCCUUCCUUCCCUGCAAAGCAAUGCCACAGUGAGGGUUAUCAUCCUCGACGUCAAUGACAAUACUCCGGUUAUCACCGCCCCACCUCUGAUUAAUGGCACUGCCGAGGUCUACAUCCCCCGAAACGCAGGCAUAGGCUAUCUGGUGACGGUUGUCAAGGCAGACGAUUAUGACGAGGGUGAGAAUGGCCGAGUCACCUAUGGCAUGACUGAGGGGGACCGCGGCUUUUUUGAAAUAGACCAGGUCAAUGGCGAAAUUAGAACAACGCGAACCUUCGGAGAGAAUUCCAAGGCUUCCUAUGAGCUUAUCGUCGUGGCUCAAGACCAUGGCAAAACGUCUCUCUCCGCCACUGCGCUGGUCCUAAUCUACCUGUCCCCGGCUCUUGAUGCCCAAGAGUCAAUGGGUUCAAUGAAUCUAUCUCUGAUUUUCAUUAUCGCCCUCGGCUCCAUUGCGGGCAUACUCUUUGUUACGAUGAUCUUCGUGGCAAUCAAAUGCAAGCGAGACAACAAAGAGAUCCGAACCUACAACUGCAGUAAUUGUUUAACCAUCACUUGCCUCCUCGGCUGUUUUAUAAAAGGACAAAACAGCAAGUGUCUGCAUUGCAUCUCGGUUUCUCCCAUUAGCGAGGAGCAAGACAAAAAGGCAGAGGAGACAGUGAGCCUAAGGGGAAAGAGAAUUGCUGAGUACUCCUAUGGGCAUCAAAAGAAAUCAAGUAAGAAGAAAAAAAUCAGUAAAAAUGACAUUCGUCUGGUGCCUCGGGAUGUGGAAGAGACAGACAAAAUGAAUGUUGUCAGUUGCUCCUCCCUGACUUCCUCCCUCAACUAUUUCGACUACCACCAGCAGACCCUGCCCCUGGGCUGCCGCCGCUCUGAGAGCACUUUCCUGAAUGUGGAGAACCAGAAUACCCGAAAUCCGACUGCCAGCCACAUCUACCAUCACUCUUUCGACAGCCAGGGCCCCCAGCAACCAGAUCUAAUCAUCAAUGGUGUGCCUCUGCCUGAGACUGAAAAUUAUGCUUUUGACUCCAACUACGUAAACAGCCGGGCCCAUUUAAUCAAAAGCAGCUCCACCUUCAAAGACCUAGAGGGAAACAGCCUGAAGGAUAGUGGGCAUGAGGAGAGCGACCAGACUGACAGUGAACAUGAUGUCCAUAGGAGCUUGUAUUGUGAUACUGCUGUCAACGAUGUGCUGAAUGCCAGUGUGACCUCCAUGGGAUCUCAGAUGCCUGAUCACGAUCAGAAUGAAGGAUUUCAUUGCAGGGAAGAAUGCCGGAUUCUUGGUCACUCUGAUAGGUGCUGGAUGCCCCGGAAUCUGAUGCCCACCCGCUCCAAGUCCCCUGAGCACAUGAGAAACAUCAUCACGCUGUCCAUUGAAGCUACUGCGGCUGAUGUUGAGGCUUAUGAUGACUGCGGGCCCACCAAGCGUACUUUUGCAACCUUUGGAAAAGAUGUCAACCAGCGGCCAGCUGAGGAGAGGCCCACCCUGAAAAGCAAGAGGAGCGUCGAUGUGACCAUCUGCAGCCCCAAGGUCAACAGUGCUAUCCGAGAGGCAGGCAAUGGCUGUGAGGCUAUUAGCCCAGUCACCUCUCCUCUCCAUCUGAAGAGUCCUCUGCCCACCAAGCCUUCCGUGUCUUACAUGGUGGCCCUAGGUCCCCCAACCCGCAAUCUGGAGCCGUACAUCAGCAGUGGCCCUUCUCGUCCCUCUGAAGCUGAGCCCCGUGGAGCUGACAACGUCAUGCAUGAGGUCAAUACCAUUCUGAAGGAGGGUCGAGACAAAGAGUCGCCCAGAGUGAAGCGUCUGAAGGAUAUUGUUCUCUAAACCAGUAUCGGGAAAGAAAAGAAAGUAUGUUGGCCAGCAAAGAUGAAGAAGCUGCUCCUUGUAAUUGCUCACCAACGGUUGGUUCUUGAGUAGCUGUAUUUGAGCUUUCCCGAAAUGUAUUGAUUAUAAAUGAUUAUUAUUCUGUGACAAUCCCUCUCAUUUCAAAAGGCAGCAGGGGUGUUCAGUUGGAGCAAAUUAGCUUUUGUUUGAGUUGUUCAUGGGGCCUUGAUGUUUGGGAAACAGAUAAAUUCAGUUGUGAAAAGUAUUACGUAUUAAGUGUUUGAAUUUAUAUAUUUUUCUAUGUCAAACUUACAAAUUAUCAUUGUGGAUGAUUACAUUUGAAAAAAGUAAAAAGCAAACAAAAAAAGCUCUGGACACAAUAAGCUCGCUACUAUUCUUUUUUUGGUAGUGUAGACAAGUUAAUGGUCAUUUAUUGUGUACUGUUCAUUGAUUCAGUGAUGUGAAUUCGAGCCCCUAACAGGUUCUUUCUGACGCUCGAGUACUUCCCAAUGCCGCUAUUUUGCUGUGGACACCCCUGCUUUAAGAACCCUUUUUCUAGCUGUGCUAUUGUUGUAUUUGAUAUUGCAAAUUGCUAUGUGUGUGGUGAUGGCAAAAGGCUUUUAAGGAUUGGUGUUUGUCUUUUCUUAAAAAAUAAUAAAAGUACAGACAAACACAAAGUGGAAAGAACUGAGGGAGCAAAUGAAUAAACAACACCACAUAUAGAUUGAGUACUUGGAGGAUAUUCAGGUUUAUCAACCCAUGUAGUGAUUGCUCACCACCUUGCAAAGGAUUUUUCCUGCCUUUCAGUUGUCUGCCUGAGUACACGAUAGAUCGUUUCAGAAAGUCAUUUUUGGAUAUGCUGCUAUCUAAUUUGCAGUUGUCAGAAGUACUGUGCUGAAAGUUUUAUGAGAUCCAUUUUUCUAUUUUCCAGGCCCUGAAUAGGAAAGUUGUUCCUGAAGUUAUCAGAUUUCAGGCAUAGAAAUUCCCUGUCUCCAAUCAUCUAAAACCUAAAGUGACUGAAUGUAUUUUGAGAUCUAAAUUAGCAUAUUUCUAGUCACAUACUUCCUGAUUCAGUGUUUCUCAAUCAUGAUUGGAAUUAGACUAUAAAAUACUUCACGGACUGGAAUUGAGAACUCCAAGUUGCUCUGUAUCGUAGGCUUAUAAAUAGGGAUACAGUAAGUAGUACUGAGUGUAUAUUUAAGAGAAUACAGAUAAGAGGUAACAGCAUCACUAAUCCAAUCAUUGUGCUUUCUAAAUGGAGACACUCAGACACUUAAACCUGUCUUUUUAUGACUAAUAUUUUUUAUUUAAAAUGUGAACAAGAAACUGUUAAAGCAAAUAUCCUUUAGAUUUAGCUAAUUCUUUUUGCUCUAGGCUAGGAAUGCACCUUAUAAAAAUUAACAAAUUACACAUUUUUAGUUGUUGUUUCUAACUCUCAGUUUAUAAUUUUUUAAUUAACCUACACUGGCCGACAUAGUAUUCUUGCAGUUUAAGAGUUCAUUAUUUAAUAAUAAAGAAAUGUGUCACACUUGCUCUACCUUGGUCUUAAAUGAGUUGUUUCCAGAGAAACGAGUUUUUUGCUUCUCUUCACGGUUGUUUCAUUUCUUUUGAAAUCCAACGGUACCCAGAAAGAAAGUCUAGAGGUUAGAGCACUAGAAUACAAAAUAUAAUUUAUUUUCUUAAGUUUAGUUGCGUAAGAUCAGCUCUUUUCAAUGUUUUAGUUGUUUUUGCUUGAGUUCCUAGCUGUACACAUGUACUAGGAAUAUUUUCUUUUAUGGAAAGGGAAAGGGCUUUGUGGGGGGUGGGUAAGAGUGGGAUGGGCUUAGGUAGGAGAGAACAUUUCUGAAAAAAAGAACCUGUAAUGAAGCUACAAAUCCAUCAUUACAUCUUAUUCAGUACUGAAUACUACCUCAUGCAAGAUAUUGGUGUGGUUGCAAGUUUCCCUCUGAAACUGACAAAAUAAGAUGAAUUACCACAACAUUUUCAUUUUGCCUCAUUUUAUUCUCAUACACUUUCUCUCCUUCUGAUUUAUUUCAUUUUGGUAGUAGAUUCUGAAUUAGAUAUUUAUUUCCCAUUGCAAGUGACUAUUUUAUUAACACGAAACAAAAAAUUUAAUUAAAACAAAACAAAAAAUCCUCUUUAAAUUAUGAUAGCUGCCAAUAGAAUUUAGAUAGUUUUUUUACCGUGAUCCAUCCUGAUAUUAUGCAGUUAGUUACCAUCUCAAGGUCACUUUGAAGUUCAAUUUGACAGUUUUCUACAGGUAUAUUUCAUGCUAUGCUCAGUGGAAAUGAGGGAGCUGAGAAGACUGGGGAAAGUAGAUAUGUUGAACGUUACGUAGUUGUUGAGCUAGAGAGGCCACUUACCAAUCAAGUUUAUAAAGCCUUUUAUCAAUCAAGUUAAAAUAAUUAGAGUAGCAGCAGCAUUGAGUUUGCUUUUUGAUUGAGUUUUCAUUUUUCCGCAAAUUUAGUUACAAGUUAUAAACUCAUUUUUUCAUAGCCAAAUACUUUGUUUUCAUUGAGCAAAGUUUUUUGUUUGUUUCUGCUUCCAAACACCUUACUGAACAUGUUCAGUGAAUUCCUCUCAUUAAAAAUAUCUUUUUUCUGCAACAAUUGUCUGAUAUAUGUGUUCUUCCAGAAGCACAAGUGCAUCAUAGGAGGGAUUUGUGAGCUGGUUUAAAAGGCAAGAAGUGCCUGCAAAUAAGAAUUUUGUGCAAGGAUCCUAAAUCUUCCUCUGGCACAUGUUUUUCCCUUUCUUUUAUACAUGUCUGAUGAAAAGCCACAAGGUCCAAAAGGCCAAAUAUUAUUUAUUUUCCUUCUUCUAACAUACCACACAAACAUCGAGAGCAAAUUCACUUUUUAAUCCUAGGAAGUUUUAUUCCAUUUAUUCUAAUGUUCCAUAAUUUUGAAGUAUGACACACUUUACUAUCAAUUGUUUUCAGCAAUUCUCUGGGCAGAUAAACUUCUCCAUGCAGUAUUGGGAGUUUAAUUUGCAUUGAUUGAUUGUUUUCACCCAAAUGGAAACAUACUAUAUAACAAGAAAUAUUGAAAAAAAAAAGCCAUGAUGCCAUGUAGAAUCUCUUUUUCCAUUUGCCUAGGCAAAUUAGCUCAUGAACCUGUUCACAAUGAAACCUAGCAUCCCUUUGACCUCUUAAAACCAGUUGGCUAAAUUAUGAUCCAUCUUAUUACCAAAAUAGGUAAUGAGCUAAGGGAUCCUGCAGAUCCUGCAGAGCAAUGGUUCUCAAAAUGCAGUCCCUGGAGCAUCAGCAAGAAAAUCACUUGGGAACUUUUUAGAAAUACUAAUUCACUGCAUCAGAAACCUGGGAAUGGAGCCCAGCAAUUCAUAUGAAUCAGAUGUCCAAAAAACUUUGGGGGCUUAUUAAAGCCCACUUUGAAGACUCCUCUCUUAGAGUUUCUGACUCAAUUGGUCUGGCCUGAUUCUCUGAUUCUGUGCAUAGUUAAAACUUCCCAGGUGAUGUUGAUAGGACCACACUUUGAGUAUUACUACUCCAGAGUUAACCUGACAUUUAAAAAAAUUCGUUGACAUGGUGACCCACUGUCCAUUAAUAAAAAAUAUUAAAGAAAAUAACAACUCAGAACUCUGGAAACAGGAAUCACCCAGAAUAUUUUAAUGAUAAGUGUCACGUCAGCUCACUUGACUGUAUGAGGGGAAUUCAGUUGACCUUUUCCUAUAUCCUUAUUAUAUCAUUAAAAAACAAACAAAAAUGUUGUCCACUUUCAAGCAGCAAAGACAAAGGACAGUUUGGGGAGAGGCAGGGAUAAAGGGCAUAGCUCAGUUGGGUAUGCAAGGUAAGAAAAAAAGGAUGAUUAUUGUACAUAGCAGUUCUGGCUAACAUUCCACUUCAUGGGGAUCAUUUUGAUGGUGAAUGGUCCCCAAGGCAUCCUGACAAGUCUGGUCCACUUCGCUUUUUACCCAGGGUAAUAAGACUCUUAUGGACUUUGGAAAUCUGGCAUAAAUGAGCUUAAGUCCAUUGUAUACAGUCGUAGUGUUUGCCUUCUUGGUAAAAUUACAUUUAAGAAUGUCAUUUCAUGAGUCAAAUUGUAUCUGCUGACACUGAAGUGUAUUGAGAUAUUGUUCUUUAGUUUAAGUAUGUAAAAAAGUAAUAUUCAAAGGGGAUGUGUGGGGGUGGGGCUGGGACCGGGUGGCUUUAUAUUGAUAAUGAAAUAUUCCAGAGCAAAAUACAUUGUCCUAAUGAAGUUGUUGCAGCUCUCUUUGUUUUCUUGUGAGGCUGAAAUUGGCCUGUGGGUCACUUGUGCAAAAGUGAAUUAAUUUCAAAUAGGAAUCUUGUUGCUUUUGUGAAACAAAGAAAAUCAACCACCUUGUCAGAAGUAUAUAUUGUAAGGCGCUCUUGGUAAAGAACAAUCCACAAACACCUGAUCUUGAUUGGAAAGCAUUGUAGGUCAUUAGGGAAACAGAUGAGGCUGACUGUUGCUCCAGCUGUGUUGGCAAUUAAAGAUGACCUUGUUACUAACUGAAAGUUGCUGUAAACUUUAGUAAACAAACCAGCUAACACCGUUACAGCACUGGUUAGGUAGACUCUCAUUGGCACUGGCUGGCGUUCAGCUGAGGAAGGCUAGGAUGCCGACUUUAAUGACCAAGAAUCAGACUAGUUUAAGCUAGAAAUUCAGCAACAAAUACCUCUUGUGCUAUUUGAAUGCUAAGGUAUUUGUUGCAAAAGGCUUAGGCCUUCGCUCCUCUAAUGAGGGGAAUGAGCCUGAUGACACUAUUAUUGUUUACCUGUCAAACCAGGGUGGAAAUUUAGAGGGAUGCAAGUACAGUAUAUCUCAUUAAGCAGUUGCUUUUGCUGAUUAUAUGAAGAUGAAGUUGUUGUAUAUGCUGAUCUGUAAUGUUAUGUAUAUUUUCAAGGUGAUUGAAUCAUUGUAAAAAGAAAAAAGACAAAAAACAAUCAUAACUGUCUAUUUUAUGAAGAUGAUAAAGCAGUUUUAUUAAAUUAUUACAGUUAUGUUUUAAAUGGUGUUAUCUGAUACAUUGUUUCUUUUU